AUGGCACAACCUUUCAAAUUUAUAAUGCGAAGCACGCGACACACUCCUCUUUUGUCUACAAAUACACCGAGGCUUCAACAAUGCUCGACUACAUGGCAUGAUCAGAUCCGGUCGCUGAGUGCUACACCAAACCGUCAUAUAGCUUCCCCAUACCACCGGAACAUACACAUAAACCAGAGAUGGUUCAUAACGUCACGUGCUUCACCGAGCCAGAGCUCGAUAUUGAGCAGAGUGACUGCUCGAAGCACAUAUUCAUUUCAGCAAAGGUCGUUCUCGUGGAUACACAGCCUGGGGAAACCCGCGAAGCAAGAUGCCAAAGAAGGCACUGCGCCGCAGGUUCCUGUCGACCCCACGGAAUCAGCCAAUAACUCCUCCCAAGCUCAAGCCUCAACCCCAGACACAACGACUACGACAACAACUCAAGCAACCGACACACCAAAUCCCGUUCCAAAACUCCUCCAACGCCUCACCCCCGUCGAACUCCACGAAAACAUCUACACAAUCCCCAACAUCCUCACAGCAACCCGCAUCCUCACGGCCCCAAUCAUCUCCUACGCCCUCCUCCAUUCCCAACCAGCCCUAGCCUUCACCCUCUUCGCCUACUCCUCCAUCACCGACCUAGUCGACGGCUUUCUCGCCCGCCGUUACAACAUGGGCACAGUUCUCGGCUCGAUCCUCGACCCCUUCGCGGACAAACUGCUCAUGACACUAACCACCAUCUCCCUCUACGCAAUCGGGACGUUCCCCUGGUGGCUGACGCUGAUCAUCCUAGGUCGCGAUGGCGGGUUACUAUUGUCAGCGCUGUAUUUCCGGUGGAUCAGCUUGCCGCAUCCGCGCACGAUGAAGAGAUAUUGGGAUUUUAGUCUGCCUAGUGCGGAGGUGAGGCCGACGGAGAUCAGUAAGAUUAAUACGUUGUUGCAGUUUUUGUUGGUGGCUGAUGCUGUGUUGCUGCCUGUAUUGCCUGUGUCGUUUGUGGAGGCUUGGAAUCUGUGGGGUGUCUUUCAGGGGUGGAUGGGGUUGGUUGCAGGGACUACGAUUUGGAGUGGGUUGAGCUACUUUUUCGCUAAGGAUGCUAUUAGGUUUAUAGGACAGGAUCAGAAGAAGCAGAAAUAG